AUGCAAAAUUCAAGAAGUUUCAAACUUCUAUUGUUCUUCUCUAUAUUAUGGAAAUUAAAAGCAGAGUCAACUUGGCCAACAACUUCAUCCGCUGUCAAGUUACUUGGUAUUUUUCCUCGACAAUCAGGCAAUAAUGUAUUGAUUAUUCAUUCUCGUUCAAUGUUCAGAGCGGCUAUCCUAUUGUCACAGCAAUAUAAUAUUACUUUUCAAGGACAACAUCUAACUUAUGAAGAAAUCUUAACAGAUAAUGAUAUUAUGGUUACAUUUAAUCAUACAUGUCAAAAAGUAUCAACAUCGAAUAUAGCUGGAUUCGUAGGUCCAGCAUAUUCAAAUGAAGCACGAUAUGUUGCAUCAUUUGCAUAUCGAUUAGGAAUACUCGAUGUUUCAUAUUCGACGACAAGUCCUGAUUUAUCAACUAUUGAUACUGGAGCUUUUUAUCGUGUGUCUCCAUCAGAUGAAAAAACUGUAUUAGGUAUAAAAAUAUUAUUUCAACAAUACAAAUGGAAAUCAUGUAUUAUUGUAUAUCAAAAUGAUGAAUUUGGUUACAAUGGCAUGCAUUUAUUGAGUCAAAAAUUGAGCGAAAUGCAUAUAAAAACUUUUGAAACAAUUAAAUUUGAUAUAAAUCAACAAAAUUUUCAAAUUGAUUUCAAAAAAAUUUUACUUCAUAGUUUAUCACGUAUUGUGAUUGUAUGGGCAAAUGAAAUAUUAACAACAACAAUAUUGAAUAAAGCAGUAAAUGAUAAUUUAAUCGAUCAAGAUUUUCUUUGGAUUUUAACAAGAGCAGUUGCAUUGGAAUCUUUCAAUUCAAGACAACAACAAAAACUUAUUGGAAUUCUUACUAUUCAACCUGUUCAAGAAGAUUUUAUUAAUACAACAUUAUUAAAUGAUGCAUAUAAUAUAUGGAAAUUUUAUGAAUCUGAUACAUUUCCAGGUGAUACGAAUGUCAGUAUUUAUGCAUUAUAUACAUUUGAUGCUACAUGGUCAUUAAUAUUAUCAUUACAACAACUUUGUUCAAUGGAAGUAUCAUGUUUAGAAUUUAUAAAUGUUUCAGAUUGUUAUAAUCGACGAUUUUUAAAUUCGAAAGAAUAUUAUAAUAUUAUGAAAGCAAUGACAUUUUUAGGUGUCUCUGGUCAAGUGGAAUUUGCUAAUGGAACACCAGAUCGUAUUGGUAAUGUACAUUAUGUUAUUAAAAAUAUACAACCAGUAAUGAAUGAUAUUGAUUUUAUACCUGUUUUACAAUGGGAUGGUAAUUCAACUAAAUGGAUGCCAUAUAGAAAUCAAUCUUCGAAUAUUAUAUGGCCAGAUCGAACAAAAACUAUUCCAAAUGAUCAUAAAUUAAUUCAAGGUCAAGAAUUACGAAUUGCUAUUAUUGAAUCACCUCCAUCUAUAAUACUAAAAAAUCCAGCGGCUAUAUACAAUGAUAUGAAUGAUAAUUAUAAAAGAAUUGAUAUAACAGAAUUCGAUGGAUUUUAUAAAGAUUUAAUCUUAUAUUUACAAGAUAAAAUGGGUUUUAUACCUGUUAUCAUGUUAGCAAAACCAACUAUACGUUAUGAUGAAUUAGUUGGUGGUGUAGCAAAUGAUUCUUAUGAUAUUGUUAUGAGUAGUAUUGAUAUAAAUGCAAAACGAAAUCAAAUUGUUGAUUUUUCGAUAGCAAUUAUGCCUGCUUCGUAUAGAAUUAUUGUACGAAAACCAGAAUCUAUUCGAUCAGAUUAUUUUAUGUUACUCAAGCCAUUUUUCUGGGCACUUUGGGGGCUUUUAUUAAUCAUGAUUCCUUACACAAGUGUAUUAAUAUGGCUUGUUGAACGAAAAAAUGAAAAUAAACAUUCAUUUAUAGGAACUAUUAUUGUUAUUAGUUUUUCAAUUUAUAGCCCCUUUGGUACAAGUCGUCCACAAAUUAAAACAAAUGCUGGUCAAUUUCUUGCUUCGAUUUUAUAUAUCCUACAGAUAUUAUUAGCAAUACAAACAGCUGGAUUAAUUUCAUAUUUAAUGAUACCAGAAUCUAUACUUAUCAUAUCAGGAAUAGAUGAUAUUAAAAAUGGUAUCAUACCACCAAACCGAGUAGGAAUUCUAGUAGGUUCUCAAAUAGAAGAAUAUUAUUUAAAUUCUAUAUCACAUGGUAAAAAAGAUUAUUAUCCAUUGAAGACACCAGACGAAGUUUAUACAGGUUUGAUGAACGAUUAUAUUGAUGCUAGUCUAUGGAGUAAUAUAUCAAGUACAUAUCAUGUAAAUAAUAUGUAUUGUGAAUUAAUGACUGUAGGCGUUGCAUUUAGUCAUAGUUUCUAUCAAAUACCAGUAAAACGUGGUUGGUUAUAUAAAGCAGAUUUAGAUUCUCAUAUAUUAUCAUUCAUGGAAUCGGCAGAAAUUGAUCGAAUAUCAGCAAAAUGGUUUGGACGAUGUAAUUGUUC